UUUUUGGACAAACGCAAAAAUAAAAGUGCUAUAAACAAAGAGAAUUCUUCAAUAUGGAACGUAUUUCGGCACAGCUUAUGAGACAGCCAAGAGCGAUGCAGUUGCGCAGCCUCUUCAAAUGUUGCUACAGCACCAAAUCCGGCGGCGGUGCUGGCAAGUUUGGAACAUGGCGCAUUACCAACAUUGAUGCACCACGGAAGAUAAUGCGUGAGGAUAAUAUGUGGCGCAGUCCUUUGAAGACUGACACGAAAUGGCUGCGCUCACAUGAUGCACAUCAAUAUCGCCCGGACUUUGGUCAGACGGAGCCGCAAUCGUUGCGCAAACAAUUUAUGCGCAGUCCGGAUGAGCGCACCAGAGAUGCAUUGGGUCGCGACUGGGACCUGGCGCUGAAGAAGGCCAUUAACAAUCGUCGGGAAAUGCUGCUCGCUGAGGAGCAGCGCAACAAGGAGCUGGAAAUGGAGCGCGAGCGUGCAACACUUGAGCGACGCCCAACGCGUCGUCAGCAAGCUGCUGCUCUAAAGAAAACUGAACGUGCCGCCGUCAGCGGCACAAAGCAGCCACGUGGAUCAGCACCACCAGCACCAGAUGCCACUAAGCUGACGACGACUGAGGCCAAGCCGCGUCCGUCCAAGCAGAGACUUGCACAGAAACGUGAACGUCUCAAUCCCAAGGCGGAUGACUAUUGAUUUUUGAUGCCCCCACCCUCCCGCACAGGCCACACAGGUACAGAAAUAGAGUGAGAGAGUUACGGCUCCAAAGAUUCUACAUCCCCGCAUAUGCUGAAAUAUGCAAAAAUUUUAUUUCAAAUUAUCAACUUGACAAGUGUCUGAAAUCCAUUCAGCUACUAAUCGAUUGCUUUUUUGGAAUAUUCUUUUUGAAAUAGAUUUAUUGGCAUAUUUCGAAUACAAGCAAAUAAUCAUGCGAA